CUAGUUUUGUUUAUGCUUUGUUUUACUUAAUUUUGUAUGCUUUGUUUUACUUUACUUUGUUUGUUUGCUAGCUUUGUUUAUGAUUUGGUUUGACUCAUUGUAUAUUCAUUCAAACACAACAUUCAAUUAUUAUUUCUAUUAUUUCUUGUGUGAUUUAAAUUUGGUUAACAGUGUCUUUGUUAUAGGAACCGAGGCUUCAGGCAGACGGCUAGUUGGCCUUGGCGUGCGGUGGUGGGACUCUAUCACAGGGUGCAGUGUGUUCACGCUUGGUCUUACCGUGUUUGUGUGAGUGUGUGUGGUGCUCUUGUGCAUUUGGUGUUAUGCUCCUGGCGAUAUAGUAGCCGCAUACUCAUUAAGCUAGUUUACCUGCUUUAGGUAAGCCUCGGUUUCCUUUUUGUUUUUAUGCCUAUUUUAUUCCAGCCCAUAGUUAUGUUUUAAGAUUAAUACCCAUAUUUAUUGUUGAAAUAAAACAUUUUUUGUAUCUUUGGUAUCCACGUCUCUUGCCUCUGUUUCUUGAAACCACGUACCUGUGUGUCUUUUGUAGAUGAUUAAUCUAUAAUAGUGUUCCCUGUUAACAGGGUGGCGUAGUCAGCUGAGUUAUAGUUUCUGUCUAAUUAACGUCCCGCCACACUUUGGCGUAGUCGGCAUGAUCCGUUUCUCUUUGUGGGGCUGAGACGUGGAUGCUUAUUGUUAUUUUGUUAAAGGUUUUAGUUGUGAUUUGUGGAUGGAUUAGAGGUUAUUUUUUGUAUUUCCUGUGUGCUUUUCUUUCUUUCGGUUUUUUUGUGUUUAGAGUGUGUGGAACAAAGCAGCAGUGGGUUUCCAUAGCUUUUACUGACUUUAAGUUUCCCGUAAACAAAUGGAAGCGGAAUUGCAGGAAUUAAGGGAUCUUGUUGCUCAAUUAAGGGCGGAUAAUGACAAAUUGCGCCAGGAGCAGAGUCAUGCUGCUCCAUCCAGUCCCAUAGCUGGCCCCUCUCGAGAAUCUGUGGUGCCACCUAUUGAUCAACCAGUUAGUGCUAGUGCCACGUUAACCGAACGCCUUGUGUUUAUUCCAAGGGAUAGAAAAUGUCCAAUAUUCGAUGGUAGAUCGGGCAUUGGCAUUAAUGAGUGGAUCGAGGAAGCAAAAGCUUGUAUAAGAACUCGUCAUUUGUCAGUGGCAGACCAGGCAUUUUUCCUAUUUGAUCAUUUAGGAGGGAACGCACGUGAGGAGGUUAGACAUCGCCCUGUUAUUGAGCGCGGAGACCCAGAGAGAAUCUUUUCCAUUUUGCAAGAGCUAUAUGGAUGCUCCCAGUCUUAUGUUGCCCUGCAGGAAGCCUUUUUUUCUAGGAAGCAACAGGAAGGCGAGACCUUGCUGGAGUUCUCUUUGGCCUUAUUGAGCCUCUUGGAGAAAGUGAGGCAGAAGUCCCCAAAUGCCAUGCCAAAUGCAGAGAUUUUAUUAAGGGACCAGUUUGUCGAAUAUGUUUGUGACCCUUUGUUUGUCGACAGCCCCAUUCUACACUCUUGGAGGUGCGUGGCGAAGCUAUUCGUUGGGAGCGGGAGGGAAUGCCGGGCGGAGCAAGGGGUCGAAGUCUUUCUGUCCCUUUGGCGCACGGGUUUCAGUAUGAAGUUCAGGGCCGUUGUAGCUCGUCUGAGAAGUCUGAAAUAGGGGAGCUU